AUGGAGGAUAUCAAGUUACUCGUCAAAACAUUUGGCGAGAAACUUCAAAUCCUCCUAGAAGAUCAAAAUUCUGGAUUUGACAGUUUAACAGAUCUUCGAAAACAGGUCGACCUACGUCUUGACGCCAUGCAGAAGGACAUCACAGACAAACUGGUAUCGUCUUACAAGCAAGAAAAGGAAAAUUUGGACUUGUCUAUUCAGAAAUGUGAACGUCUGAUGUCAUCCAUUGAGAACACAGUAGAAAGCUCCGAGACAGCUGUUCAGAGGAAUGAUAGCGUAAACACAAUAUUGAUGUACCAGAGAGGCCAGGCGGAAAUGGAGUCCUACCAGAACCUGAUCACGGAAAUAAGGAAGUCUUUCGCUUCUGUCAGAAUAAAACAUGUCGUCGAUCCCAGUCUGGUCAGGUUGGAUAAGGAUAGUCCACUGUCGUUAGGAAACGUCAUUAUAGAGGAAAAACCAGAACAGCUUCCAAAAGGAAUAAGUACCAUGAGGCCUUUGUGCGAAUGUGACGUGAAGGAGGUAGGCAAGUUCAGCAUCAAGUGUCCAUCAGAUGGACGCGAUUGUGCUGCAGCUGGUAUUGUUUACUUACCUGAUGAUCAUAUCGUUGUAGGAGAUUACAACAAUAACAAAAUAAAGUUAUUUGCAGCUUCAGGGAAAUGUUUGGAUCAGAUGAAGGUUCCAGGAAACCCGUUUGAUAUAUGUUGUAUAGAUGAUGACACUGUAGCGGUCGCUAUCUACAAUUCUGAAAUACACAUAAUCAAAGUGAACCAUGCAAAACUAACUUUGUCUUCCAAAAUAAAACUUUCUAACGGAACACACCCAUAUGGUAUCACUUACUCAAAUGAGGCGUUUACUGUGAGUACUCCGACCGAUGUGUAUAGAGUCAGUAAGGAUGGGGUUUCGAACAAAAUUGCUUCCUAUCCUAAACGCUGCUUUCAUCUAGCGUACGACCCAAGGACAGGACACAUAUAUGGAAGUCAACGGACCUCCGAGGAUGGUGAUGUAGCUGUAUACAGACUGUCAGACGGUAAACUUACAAGCAUAUCAAAAGUCGGUAUGCUGAGGACCGCAUCUGGUGUAGACGUCGACAGUGACGGCAAUGUGUACGUGUGUGGGUGGACGUCCAAUAACGUGGUACAGAUGUCAGGUGACGGUACAAACGUCAGAGAGCUGCUGACGUCAUCAAACGGUGUAGACAAACCGAGGGCGAUAUCUCUGUGUGGGAACAAAUUCGUGGUUACAAACCAAGCAUCACAAAAUUGUAAUGAAGUGCGCGUGUUUGAACUUUACUGA